UUGACUGGAGCGCAUCGGUGAUUGACGGGCGCGGGGUCCCGGAGGCAGUUAAUGUAAAUAUGCUGGUGCUAAGUGGGUGUGUCUUCCCGUUAUUUUAGCUGUCACCGGAUCAAUGUGCAGCGUCUCCAAGUACGGAUCCGGAUCCUCCCUCGGUGGCGCGGUUGGUCACUCGCUCUUGUUGCAUCUCGCCGGGGCGGGCGGCGGCCCCGAGGCGGCGGUGAAGGGCGCGCCGCUGCCCGCCCGCUGCCCGCGGGGAAGGGGUCGGUAAGGGGGACGGGGCCCCCUCCUCCCGAUGGCGGCCCCGGCAUUGGGCUCCGGCCCCUAACCCCGAGGAGAGCCUGCACGUCCAGCCGGGCUCCGCGGAGCGGGGCGUUUUGGGGGGAAUGGAGGCGAUCGCCAGUCAGAUGGGAAAUGGGAGAGAUGCAAGCUCCUCCCCAAAUUCAAAGCAAGAGCUGCAGCCGUACCAGGGCUCCAAUACCCUCAAGCCCAACCAAGUGGGUGAGACCUCUCUGUACGGCGUGCCCAUCGUGUCCCUGGUCAUCGACGGGCAGGAGCGGCUGUGCCUGGCGCAGAUCUCCAACACGCUGCUCAAGAACUACAGCUACAAUGAGAUCCACAACCGGCGGGUGGCUCUGGGCAUCACCUGCGUGCAGUGCACGCCGGUGCAGCUGGAGAUCCUGCGGCGGGCCGGGGCCAUGCCCAUCUCCUCCCGCCGCUGCGGCAUGAUCACCAAGCGGGAGGCGGAGCGGCUCUGCAAGUCCUUCCUGGGCGAGCACAAGCCGCCCAAGCUGCCCGAGAACUUCGCCUUCGACGUGGUGCACGAGUGCGCCUGGGGCUCGCGGGGCAGCUUCAUCCCCGCCCGCUACAACAGCUCCCGAGCCAAGUGCAUCAAGUGCAGCUACUGCAGCAUGUACUUCUCCCCCAACAAGUUCAUCUUCCACUCCCACCGCACCCCGGACUCCAAGUACACCCAGCCCGACGCCGCCAACUUCAACUCGUGGCGCCGCCACCUCAAGCUCAGCGACAAAACGGCCACGGAGGAGCUGUCGCACGCCUGGGAGGAUGUCAAGGCCAUGUUCAACGGCGGCACCCGCAAGAGGACCUUCUCCCUGCAAGGCGCCGCCGCCGCCGGCCCCGGGGCCGGCUCCCCGGCCGCCAAAUCGGCGCUGCACCCGCCGCCGCCCGCCGGCCCCGAGCUGCCCCCGGUGCACAAGAGCCUGCGGUGCGGCGGGCAGGAGCCGGCGGGCGAUCGCGGGGCGCUGGGGCUGCCGGGGGCUCCCGGCGGGGCGGCGGGGCCGCACGGCGGGGCGGGCGCGGGGCGCAGCUACCCGGUCAUCCCGGUCCCCAGCAAGGGCUUCGGGAUGCUGCAAAAACUGCCGCCCCCGCUCUUCCCCCACCCUUACGGCUUCCCCGCCGCCGCUUUCGGACUGUGCCCCAAAAAGCAAGAGGACGCGUUGGGCGGCGCGGGGGGCGGCGAGGCGGGCAAGGGCGGCGCCCUGCCCCCCGGGAUGUUCUGGGGACCCCCGCAUCCUCAUCCUCACCAACCCGCCCAGCCGCCCCACCAGCCCGGAGCCGCCAAGGACGCGGGGGUUUACCCCUCUUUCCCCGUUUUCUGGCCGGCCGCGGGCAGCCUCCCCGUGCCGCCCUACCCGGCGCAGAGCCAGGCGAAAGCGGCGGCCACUGCCGUCGUGGUGGCGGCGGCGGCGGCGGCAGCGGCGGCGGCGGCCGAACCGCCCGGGUUACCGAGCCGCCACGGCGAGCUGGAAGGCUCGGAGCCGUCGGGGAGCGGGAGGAGCAGCGCUACUCCGCAGGAGGGAGCCGGGGCCGAGGGCGAGCGCUGCCCCAGCGCGCUGUCGCGGGCGGCGGGCGAGGAGGAGCGCUCCGGGGACGAGGCGCUGCUCGCCCCGCUGCCCCUGCCCAGGAAGGGCAGCUACCUCUCCGCUUUCCGCCCGGUGGUGAAGGAUGCCGAGAGCAUCGCCAAGCUCUACGGCACCCGGGAGGCGUUCGGCGGCGCCCGCGGCCCCGGGUACCUCUCCCCGGACUUCCUCAGCGAGGGCAGCUCCAGCUACCGCUCGCUCUCCCCCGGGGGAGACACGGCCGAGGAGCCCGAGGUCGACGUGGAGUCCAACCGCUUCCCGGAGGACGAGGAGGAGGAAGACGCCGCCCCCGCCGCCCCUCCCGACGGCCGUGAGCCGCCGCCGCCCCGGCUGCUGCCCGGCCCCGAGGAGCCCCCGCCGCCCGCCGAGGGGCACGAGGAGAAGGCGGGCGAGCAGGCGGCGGAGGAGGGCGAGCAGCAGCCCGACGGCAGCCCCGAGCGGAGCAGCAGCGCCUACGAGGUGUACGCGGCGGAGAGGGGGGAGCACCUGCAGCCGCUGAAGCCCGCCGCCUCCCUGGGCGCCCCGGCAGCCUUUCUCUGCACCCCCGAAGCGAAGGAGCAAGAUAAAGAAGACAAUCACUCCGCGGCAGAGGAUUUAGAGACCAGAAAAUCCUAUCAGGACCAAAGGAAUGUCUCGCAUCCCAGCCCUGUAAAUACCGACAGAGGAGAGGACGGGCUGGGCAUGGAUGUAGCCGGGACGCAGCUGGUUGAGAAGGACAUCGAAAACCUGGCCCGAGACGAGUUGCAAAAACUGGUCCUGGAGCAAAUGGAGCUAAGGAAAAAGCUGGAGAGGGACUUCCAGAGUCUGAAAGAUAACUUCCAGGACCAGAUGAAGCGGGAGCUGGCGUACCGGGAGGAGAUGGUGCAGCAGCUGCAGAUCGUCCGAGAUACGCUGUGCAACGAGCUGGACCAGGAGAGGAAAGCUCGCUACGCCAUCCAGCAGAAGUUAAAAGAAGCCCACGACGCGCUGCAUCACUUCUCGUGCAAGAUGCUGACCCCGCGGCACUGCACGGGGAACUGCUCCUUCAAACCGCCUCUGCUGCCCCAGUGAGCCCCCCCGGACCCCCUCUUCUCCCGAAGCCAUGCGGGCAGAGCCCACACAAGCCAUUUCCACGAGGAGACACUUGUACAUAGAGGACUCGGAGCCCGGCGAUCCAGUGGGGAGAGGCCCCGGGGAGCCGGAGGGGGAGCCGGGCCCCCCCCUAUUCCUGAGGACCCCCGGGCCCCCCAGCUCCGCCUCUCCCCCCCUGCCCCCCCCCCUCUGUGUCCCCGCUUCUUUAUCCCUUGUCCAGACUGGAAACAAAAGUGGCUAUGUGCAAUGGAUAUAAAUGUACUGUGAUUCUCUUGGUACAGUAUUCGUUGGAUUUUUAUUUAUUUAUGAUGUAUAUUUAUUCCCUACCCAAACACCCGGGCCCCUUCCUCUCUCAACACCGCCCC